ACACACUUUAAAAGAGCGUCGCUGGCACUGGAGUCACUCUUUGACAUAAUCAUCAGUGGAAACUGUCAGCACCAUGGACCUAAAGGAUUCUCGGGUUAAGGGAGGAGUGCUGAUCAGCCACCAGAUCCAUGAAGGGAGGCACCAGUAUGAAGUGCAAAAUGUGCUCAAGUAUAAUAAAGUGAGCGGAGAAAAGAUGUUUGUCAGGAGAGGAGACAAACUGAUGCAGGUAAACGGCAUGGACCUGCAGAAUGUCACACCUGAGGAGUUUGCACGAUUUUUGGCUAAAGAUAAUCCAAUGCUGACUGUGCACAAGGCCAGCAAGAUGAAGCACACCGAGCAGACCUUCCCAGCUGAGGACACUUUGCAGCCCUUCACCAAGGAAUCCAAAAUACUCAGUUUCAGAAUGGAGAUGAGGAGGGAGGAGGACCUGCAGGACAAUGGAGUCGGGCAGGAGGGAGAAGCAGAGGAGAAUGGUAUAAUGGAGGAUGUUUGCCCAUCUGAAAACACGGAGAACGGGGAGAGGGGAAAUCUGCUCGUCAUUUCCAUGAAGAAGACCAGCAUCUCUGUGGUGAGAGGGAGGGGCUGCGACCCUGGGAGCCCCUGUCAGGGAUGUCAUGGGACAGGAUGUACUUUGAAUGACGUUGUGGUGGUGUCCGAAUCCAGCGAGGUGGUGCUGGUUCCAAGAGGAGGAGACAGUUUCAGACAGCUGAAGUCGUUUCAUACUCCAGUUGAACAUGUCGUCUCUCACCGUUACCUCAGAGGUCUCUGUUCGCAGAGCAACCUCUUUGCUUCAGAAAACCCAGAGGAGAUCACCAUCUACUACUACAAGUCAACUGGAACCUCUUUCAGAGGAAUGCCAGUGGUCCUGAACUUCAGCAGGUCCAACUGCUUCCUCAGGUGCUGCAAAGAAGGCGAAAGGGUGUUUCUACGUGUGGAGACAUGUGAGAAGCAGCGGCUGAAGAAGAUCUCCAAGAGCGACGAGAGCACCCUCUCCUUUGUCUUUUUCAUGAAGGGGUCGCAGCAGCAGCAGAAGUUUGAGUCAGCGCUGCACGGUGGCUGGUUUAUCCAAAUAGACAACGCCCAUUCAGUGAAAAUGGCGGGCCUGGAGGGAGGGGCGGGAGAUGAAGCGUUCCUCUUUAUCAUUCAGACGUAAGAGAGUCACUUUCUUCAGACAUGUCCUUAGUUCUCAGUCAAGUUCACCAUUUAAAAUUCACGAGUGGAUUUUAUUUGUGACUUGAUAUUAAACAAAAGAAAAACACAAGAGGAGCUCAUUUGUUUUGUUGCCACCUGAAACCCAACUAAGUUAAUUCUGCUAUUGCAGAAGUGCGUAGAUAUGUAUCAUACAGCCAGAUAAUUAAGAGAAUGUUUUGUAAUCAGUUUUGUCGUUUCAAGUGACCUUUUAAGCUUAUUGCUUUUUUUUAAAUUUCUUUUUACAGCUAUUGAUAUUUUGUGUCAUAGGGAUGUGACUUUCAAUUAAAAAAUACAUUCAAAAUAAA